AUGGUCCCUGCCUUCGAGGAGCUUACAGUCUUCUGCAGAAGACAACAAAGAGGGGAAAAAAUGGAAUGUCAGUUCGUCAACACCGUGACUAGUGAUCACCAAUACCAAUGUGAAGACCUUGCCAGAGGGGGCACGGGAGCAUUUCCUUCUCUGUUUUCAAGAGGUUCUGCUUCAGUCACAGACCAGUUCUAUCGGCCACUCUCAUUCAGCAGACCUUUAUUAAUGUUGGGGCAGUGGAAUAGGAGGAUUUUUACUCGGGUAUGGUUUGAGCUGAAGGAGCCUUCCACUGAGGAUAACAACGUAACCAGGGAAAGGGAGCUGAUGGCGGCCUCCCUGGAGCGCCCGGCCUCCACCUGCCCAGUCCUGCUCCUCCUGCUGCUCCUCCUCGGGCUCUCGGCCUGCUCAGCGGAGCCCUGCCCUGAUCCUGUGAUUACUCCUUCCUACUAUACUACCUCCGAUGCGGUCAUUUCCACUGAGACUUUAAUUGUUGAGAUCUCUUUGACGUGCAAGAAUGGAGCACAGAAUGUAGCCCUCUAUGCUGAUGUUAAUGGAAAGCAGUUUCCAGUGACUCAUGGCCAGGAUAUUGGGCGCUAUCAGGUAUCCUGGAGCUUGGAACAUAGGAGUGCCCAUUCUGGAACCUAUGAAGUCAAGUUCUUUGAUGAAGAUUCCUAUAGUCUUCUGAGAAAGGCCCAGAGAAGCAAUGAGGAUGUUUCAGCCAUUAGACCCUUGCUCACAGUCAGCAUGAAUCACCGGGGUGCCUGGAAUGGGCCGUGGGUCUCUACUGAGGUGCUGGCUGCAAUGAUUGGCAUGGCGAUCUAUUACAUGGCUUUCAGUGCCAAAAGCAACAUUCAGGCCUGAGCCAUAUGAACUGAGCUUCCCUGCAUAGACGUUUAU